AAUUUAUUUAUAUCGUAGCUGAAUAAUUGUAUGGGAGUAUAUCAUAGGUAUCAUAGGUUGGAAUGAUAUUUGAAUAGGUAGGUAUGGUGGUACUGCGCAUUCAUACAGAAUCAUACUGCACUUUUGCCGCUCCUUCGCCGCCCAAAAUCGAAGCGAAUAGGCCAAGGCACGAGGCAAACCAAAAGCAAAGGCAAAACGACGGCUGGCUGCCCAAGAACAUUCACAUUCACCGUACAGUUAUGAUCUAACACAGACUCACUCCGGACUCAGACUCAGACUUGCGACUUCUUCUUGAUAAUAAAUACCUGGUAACUGAAUUCAAGGAAAGAUACUCCGUCUUUAAAAGAACUCUUCUUCCUCUUCUUUCUCUUCCUCUUCUUCCCAUCUUUCCCCAAAGUAACCUACCAACUACCCACCUAGUAUUCAAAAGAAAGAAUACCCUCAACCGUCUCCUGUCUCCUCUCUCCUCUCUCCUCUCUCCUCUAUCUACCCAAGGACAACAAAAAGUCAAGAACCUUUUGAAAUCCCAGCCCACUUACUCACCAGUCCAUUAAACUACUGCAACCUCGAGAAAUUCAUCAACAUACUCGACAACCCUUCACACUACACAACACCCUCCACACAAUAAUACAUACUUCAAAAUGGCUUUGAAGAGAAUCAACAAGGAACUCACAGACUUGGGCCGUGACCCUCCCUCAUCAUGCUCUGCUGGUCCUAUAGGAGACGAUUUGUUUCACUGGCAAGCUACUAUCAUGGGUCCUUCUGACUCACCAUAUACCGGAGGUGUCUUCUUCCUCGCCAUCCAUUUCCCUACCGACUACCCAUUCAAGCCUCCCAAGGUCAGCUUCACAACCAGAAUCUAUCACCCAAACAUCAACUCGAACGGAAGCAUCUGUUUAGACAUCUUGAGAGAUCAAUGGUCCCCAGCUUUGACUAUCUCUAAAGUCCUUUUGUCCAUCUGCUCCAUGCUCACCGACCCCAACCCCGAUGACCCACUUGUUCCAGAGAUCGCACACGUUUACAAGACCGACCGAUCUAGAUAUGAGGCCACAGCCAGAGAAUGGACCCGAAAAUACGCCAUCUAAAUUACCUACUAUAACCUUCAAAUUACAUAUGACAAAGCAUGACGGAUCGGAAUAAUGGAUGGGUUGAUGAAUUUCCUCUGUGUUCUUUCUAUCUCUUCUAUUCUAUCCUAUUGCGUAAAGGAUUUGCUGGCGUCAACGAAACUCGAUGAAUGGACAACUUUUUGGUCUGGGUUUACUUAGGUACUUUACUCUUUUACACACGAAAUACAUUACAUGGCAGACUUGUGAGCGCUACUGCUUGGGGGGAAUAUUUUGCGAUGGAUUGGGGCAGAAAUUGUGGGAGAGGCGAGAAAGAUUUGUCGUGGAUAGAUAUCGGAAGAAUGCAAUAUGAUGAAUGAAUGGAUGGGUGGUGAUGGAUGAUAAAUAAGGGAUGUGCUUGGGGAAUUAGAUGAUCAUGUUGCAUGAUGAACGGGUUGUCGUCGUCGUCACCGCCUUUUUCUUACUAUUCCUCCUAUUCUUUGAUAUUCAGGUCCAUAGCAUUACUCGGAGCUUUUCUUACUUUGUGAUUUGCUGUUCCUUCUCGUUUCGUGAUGCAACGCUUGGGGAGGGGGUAGUUGUGAACGAGUGAAGAUGUGAAAUUUGAGACAUGGUAUUGGGUGUGAAAUGUGAUGUAGGUGAAAGAAUGUGGAAUUUGAUGGAUAUUUAGUAUUAUCCAUCUGCCCUUCCGUAACACAAUACUGGGUAAGAAAGGUAACUGAGUGAUCCAUCUGUCUAUGGCAUUUAUGGUAAGGAUAAUAUGAACUAAGUUCUUUCUUUCAUUGUUUUUACUUUUGGAUUUAUUUAUAUGGUUCUUUGGUUUGGUUUGGUUUGGUCUGGUUUGGUGUGUUUGUUUGUUUGUUUUUGGUCAACGUUCUUAUUAUAGG